AUGGCAUCCAUGUCAUACUCGACAGAGGGCCAGAGACAAUGCAGAGUUCCUUUGAGACCGGCGAGGAGGAAGCAGAAGACGCCGUAUCUCCACGAUUACAUCAUGUAUCUCAUCGCAGACCAUCUUAGCCCGGUGGACCUUCUCAGCUACAUACAUGCCAUCCCUUCGCUAGCCCAUCUCCUGACGAGGAAACAGAUCAACCGCCGUGGCAAUGAUGGUUCGUCACUGUUACACCUCGUCGUGUCAGAGCGAGAUGUCCAGAUGGCAAAGAUACUCGUUACAGGCUCAUUUGAUCCGAAUGUGCCGGACAGAGACAACGCCACUGCCUUCAGUCUCGCCGUCAAUCUGGGAUACGAAGAGAUGGUCAAGCUGUUCCUCGAGUGCAAGCAGCUCAAUGUUAACUCUGUGGAUAACCAGGGUUUUACUGCGUUGAUGGCUGCUGUACACAAGGGCUACGCCAACAUAGUCGACCUUCUUCUGCAGCGAGAGGAUAUAGAUUUCAACAUACGCAGUGAAAAGGGCGAUACUGCACUUGUUAUUGCGAUAGGGAAAGACAACAGUAGCAUAGCUAGAGCUCUCCUUGCGAGAGAAGAUCUUGAUGCCAGCUUUCCCCGUCACCGGCCUGCUUUUCGUGCCAUAUAUCACCCAGAUGCAUCCCGUUUGAGACUACUGCUUGCUCGCAAGGAAAUUGAUAUCAACUGCGCGACUGAAACUGGCAGGACGAUGCUCAUGCAGGCAGUGGAAUAUGGGCAUAUUGAAGUAGUCAAGCUGCUACUAGAGCGAGAGGAUCUCGACGUCAAUGCCGCAGACCAUUCCGGAGACACGGCGCUGAUCAUCGCGGCGUUUCGUGGAUUCAAUCGCAUAGCCUCCUUGCUAAUGGAUCGAAAAGAACUCAAUAUGAAUUAUCAGCUCUUCGAUGGCACAGCUCUCAUGCACGCCGCGCGGACCGGAUUUGGCGACCUUGUCUAUGUGCUACUUAAUCGGCCAGACGCCGAUAUCAAUAUACAAGACCACCAUGGUCGAACAGCUCUUAUGUUCGCAGCUCGUGACGACCUGAGUUAUACCACAGCUGACAACGCCGCGCAGGUCCUACUUGCACGAGAAGAUACCAAUGUGAAUAUAAGAGACAACCGAGGCAGGACAGCGCUCAUGAUCGCAGCAGAAGGUGGACAGAGACGUAAUGUCGACUAUUUACUGAGGAGGGCCGAUAUCGAUGUUGAUAUACAGGAUGGUAACGGAGCUACAGCCUUAACCUACGCUGCUGCGGGGGAGCAUGAAAUCGUCAGAGAAAUGAUCCAGAAUUACCUUGAUGCUAAGGGGCAAAGCCUCGGCUCUCUCACGGUGGAAGGGAAUGGCAACCUUAUCUGCGGCUGA